GUGGCCAUGGUAGGAGGACGUUUUAGCCCGUAAGGGCACAAGAAGAGUCCUGAUGGGUCUGACCAAAAGCCUAACUGGCCCAGAAUCCCAUUUCCCACAGCAUCCAAUCAGAUGCUGAAGGGAAGCCUGUAAGCAGGAUGUGAGGAAACAGCACUAAGCAACCAGCAUGGCUUUUCCUGUCCUCAUUGCAGUUCUAUUAUACAGUGGUACCUCAGGUUACAGACGCUUCAGGUUACAGAUGCUUCAGGUUACAGACUCUCCUAACCCAGAAAUAGUACCUUGGGUUAAGAACUUUGCUUCAGGAUGAGAACAGAAAUCGUGCAGCAGCAGCGUGGCAGCAGCGGGAGGCCCCAUUAGCUAAAGUGGUACCUCAGGUUAAGAACAGUUUCAGAUUAAGAACGGACCUCCAGAAUGAAUUAAGUUCUUAACCCGAGGUACCACUGUACAACACACACACUGUUGCUAGCAACCGAGGAAAGCAUAUAAGUCAUUGGGGUUUCUUAGGCACCUGCAACAUUUCCUGUCAAAAAAGGAGGGAAAUGUAAUUUACCACAUAUAGUACCAGAAAAUAGGAACUGUCCCUGAUAAAUAUGAAGAGUUGGCGAAUAUGAGAUAGCAUUGCAGAAUUAUUACUAUAUCGUGCAAAGCAUUUAAAGAGCUUAGGUCUCCUUUGUUUGGAUGGUGGAGCAGGGAGGUUAUGUAGAGGCUACAAGGAAAACAGAACCCCAUCUUAAGCUGCUGUCCCUUUGUUUUUUUCUCGCUCCAGAUAAGGAAGUGAAAAUGUCGGACAAAACGUUUUCCACUAAAUUGGAUGCCAAAGAUCGCAACCUAUACUUAACCAACGGGGAGUGGAAGUACAACAACAUCAUUGUUUCCCGUGAUACCAUGACUGGUCUUGAGAUGAACUAUAGUACGGUGACUUACCAGGUAUAUAAGACUGAUGAGUUGCUCAUCAGGGCUUUGGCUUCCAUUGUUUAACAGGAAACAUUCUGCAGAUUGCAUUGUUUCAAUGAAAUUUUGUUGUCGCUACGGAGGAUUCUUCUUCAAGAAAUACCGUUAAGUCACUGGUGGUCACAACGUGUGGCAUAAGAGCCCAGAAACAGAAUACUGAUCGCCUCGGGGACUCACUAUCCCUAAUUAUGUAUUACCCAUUUCAUUUUAGAUCCUAUGGAAGAGACAGGUUGCGAAGUAAAAUAAUACCCUCCAAUUUUCCAAAGGCGGUCCCAGAAUUACGAAAGCCAUCCCAGCUUCUGAUGUGAUCCCGGAAUGUCUCUAUUCCCCUGCCAGCACUGCCACCACCGAGCUUGGGGGGAGAGGGGAGAAUGAGCCGGCGCUUGUUCCAAGUAACAAUUAUGGUGGCAGUGGUUGCUGUGAGGGAGCCUCCCAUUGCCUCUCUAUAGCCACUGCUGCUGGCCUCCUCCUUUGGGCAGCUCAUAGUAGCUCCUGGAGAGCAGGUGAGAAGAGGCUCAGUGUGGUGUAGUGGUUACGAAAGGUAGACUCGUAAUCUGGUGAACUGGGUUCGCUUCCCCGCUCCUCCAUAUGCAGCUGCUGGGUGACCUUGGGCUAGUCACACUUCUUUGAAGUCUCUCAGCCCCACUCACCUUACAGAGUGUUUGUUGUGGGGGAGGAAGGGAAAGGAGAUUGUUAGCUGCUUUGAGACUCCUUCAGGUAGUGAUAAAGCGGCAUAUCAAAUCCAAACUCUUCUUCUUCUUCAGCCCCAUAUGACAUAUCAGCUGUGAGGGGCAGGCAGAGGACAGGGCUGCCCUGGGUGGGCAGAUAGGCAGAGCAGAACACAAGGAAUCUUGAUUAUUAUUUUUUUUAUGCUUUGUGUCCAUGCCCCUUUCUAAAAUUUAUUUAUUGCUGUUUUUCUUUUGCUAAAUCUACCAAAGAAUAAAAUAAAAUAAAAUUGGGAUUACAGCAUAUUCUCUGCAGGGUGGGGGGGGAUCUGUGUGCUGUGUCCCUUUUGUGUAGUGGUGGCACUUGCCCUCCUUCUGACAGGAAAUGCUCUGCGGGGGGACACCACAAAAUGGGGUGUCGAGGAGGGUGUUAUGUACUGAAGUUCUCACCCUGGGCCAGCAGGGGGAUACUGUAGAUAGUUUUCACUCAGGUCCACGUCAGUUAUUUUAGGCGGGAAACCCUGGGUUGUUCUUGCUACAAUGUUGACAGCCGGCUGCCUAUAAAAGCAGGCCGGCUGAGCUGUUUGCUGUGCAGUUCUGUUCCAGCUUACAAAAUAAAGAGCUGUUUUGGAGAAAUCGCUGUGUCGUCUGCCAUGUCUACCCACUAUACAACAGAGGGUAAAUUGGGGGGAAUGAGAAAUGACCCUAUUUUCAUCUGAGUAAUGUUGGAGGGUAUGAGUAAAAUGCCUAUCAGAUUCCUGGACCACAGUCUGGAGAAGGGAAUGGCCUUUAUUCUAAGAAAGCAUGGGAUUUCUUGGAUGUUUAUAAUCUGGGCUUCCUUAAUAAGAAGAUGGAGUUGUUAUGCAGAGGUGUUCUUUGUGCAGGAAGUGGGGAGGUGGCUGAGCACGCAACCUGAAACAUGACUCAGCAUCUUCUGCAAUGCAUGAUAGAUCCUUGACAGAAAAGUCAAUGCAGAAGGAUUGUCUGAAGGAGAAAGUUGGAAGAGCCCCUAGCCUCAGUGACCCACUGGAACACCUGUUUCGGUUCAAUGGGAGGGGGGGGGAAUAAACAACCCCUAGCUGUCAAGUUUUGAAAAUUAGGGGAUGACUCCUUCUUGCACACUUGUGUUUGUUGUUGUCUUCAAGCAGUUUGAUGUGUUUUGAAUCUCUCAACAGAUUUUUAUGCAGAGGCGUCCUAUUCUAUAUGUGCUGAAUCUGAUCAUCCCAACCGCUGUUCUCUUCUUCCUGGAUAUGGCUGUUUCCUUCACUUCUGCCAGUGAUUCAGAAAAGAUCAGCGUCAAGAUCACAUUGAUCCUAGAAGUCUCUUUUUUGUCGCUGAUUCUAAAUAGUAUUCUGCCAGCAUCCUCAGAUGACCCCCCUAUAAUAGGUAAGCAACAGUAAUUUCAAGUGGACGUAUAAUCAACUCGCGCUGCCAGGAAACAAAGUAUAUUAUAUAUGAGCUAUAUUAUAGAAUACUCUCUUGUCCUGAGGAACCUUCACAGCGCAAUCCUAUGCAUGUCUACUCAGAAGCAACUACUAAGUUCAGUGGGCUUACUCCCAGAUAAAUAGGUAUAGGAUUACAACCUCGGAUAUCCUUCUGGCAAAACUUUGCACAAGGCAAAUCUAGCUAGAAGACAUGGGCUGAUUUUUUUGCAAUCAGUACUGUGGCUGUGUACACACCAGGGGCACCAGAUCCUGGGAGCCGAGCUCUUUUGGGCCCCCUGAAUAUUUUUGUGGUGGAGGUAAACCUCCCACCCAUGUCUGAAAAGGGUGGAGGCGAAGCGCGGAGCAAAAUGCAGCAUGGCGCCAGUUGCCGGCUCCUUCUCCUCCUGCUGAUGCUUUGGAGGGGAAGGAGGGUCAAAGCAGCCUCCCAUCGGUGGUGGCACCAGUAGAAGGCAGAGGAGGAGCUAUCGGCCAUUGAAGCUGUUGGACCGCCAUAUUUGACUCUACCCCGGCUCCUCCCAACAUCCCAUGUGUGUAACACUGGCUCUCCAAUUGCCCUCGCAAGCUGACGCCUCUGGUAUACACCAUGCCUUUAAACCACAUUGAAACAUAUGCUUUCCUUCUAAGAAUUUUAGGCAAUGUAAGUUAGCCCUCACCGAGUUACCAUUCCCAGCAGCCUUUAGCAAACUACAAUGCCCAGAAUUCUUUGAAAGAAAGUAUGUGCUUUAAAUAUAUAGUAUAUAUACAUCCCAAGUGAACUGAUCGUGUAAAUUAAACAGCGGCUUUUCUUUGCCUAAGUUAGGGUUGUCAUAUUUCAAGAAGUGAAAAUCCGGUUUUAAAGCUUUUUUUUUUUUUAGCUGUUUUUUCAGAAAUUCACCAAAAAAUCAACACUUCUGACACGGGUUGCCAUACACUUGGGUUAUCCCAGACAUUUUAACUGGCUUGCAAAAAUUCCGCCCAGAUGCCAUUUUUGACGAACAAAUCCUGUCUAUUCCCAGAAAAUUCUGAAUGUAUGGCAGCCCUACCUAAGUGUAUUCUUGAUUUAAAAGCGUCCUAAUAAGAAGGUUCCAACAUAAAUCAACUUCCUGCUUCUUAAUGCUUCUUUGGGUUGUACCCAGCUAAAUCACUCUGUGCAUGGAGCAGCUUCCGUGAGCACAAUGGAACUUGUCCUCCCUCUCCUACCCCUGCCCCAAAUCUGCUACUGGGGUUCCCCCUACCCUUACGCCUUGUAGAAAUUUCAAAUAACCAGGUGAAAUCACUUUGAGACUGAGACACAAAGGUCUUAUUGGAGUGGAUCUAGUUACUGGCAUGUCUCGGCUGGGAAUGCAAGGUUAUAGAAUGCUAGUGCUAAGCCACCAUCUAUUUUUGGGCACUUCCAUACUAGGCGUUUAGUGUGGAAUAGCCAAGCUGUGUUCAUUCACUGUUUUCAGGGCACGCACAUGAUGCCAUUGUCCAAUCACAGUUGCCCUGUAUUUCCCCAUCUAUUCCCCAGCAGCUACCGUACAUCAUGCCCAGUGUGAGGUGAACAGAACUUAGGAGGUACAAAUAGAAAAAGUGAAAUGCUCCUAACACUGUUGGGAAAAGUCAAGAGUCCUUCUACUUACAGCUUAUAAUGGAAAAGUAAUUUUUUGAUAGCGCUAGGAAAGAUCCAUCUAACAUCCUUUCAUUUUGCAGCGAAAUUUUUCAUGGGAGUUUUCCUGCUGAUGGUUGUCAGCCUCCUUGAGAAUUAUGUGACAAGGUCUCUGAAGGAGAUGAAACCUCCCCGUUGGUUCCUCAAAUGCGAGAGACUCAUUUCCUCCAGGAGAAAGAAGAAAACAUCUGAAAAAUACGUUCCUUAUCCUGGUUAGUAUUCAUAAGAAAUUAAUACUUUGAUUGAACAGCCCCAAACCCAUAAAUUGCUGCAAAGCAGGACAGUGUUUCAUGGCAUCAAAGAUCAGAUCAACCUAUGAAUGAUCUGUUUCCUUUGCAUUUGUGAGCACAAAAGGCUGGCAACAUUUUACACACACACACACAUUUAAAAUUGUACAAGUUGAAAGAGAAUAUAGUGAACAGCAGCCAGCACAGAGAGAGGGAGGGAAGGUGCAAAUCAUAUAUGCCAAAAUAUGCAGAAGGGGCUCCUGUGUUAGGUCUCAAAGGUUUACAAAGACCACUGUGAAGACUGAAGACCCCUGCGACAGACAGCCCAAAUUCAUUUUUCAAAAAGUAAAUGCAAAAGGAGGAGGGCAAAGGGAAGACACAUUAUGGAAAAUUGUUUACUAUGGAUUUUGAAUGUGAGCCCACUAUACCCCAGUAUCGUUUGCAUGUGAAAGUACCUGGAGUAUUUCCUGACAGGAUGUGCUAUUUGUCUAAAGCUACCUGAGCUCAGGCUCGGGUGUCAGCCUAGCAUUUAUAAAUCUGUGAUUUAUUUAUUUAGGUGCACCUCUAAAUAAAUACUCAUGCCUUUGACACCUGGGAUGUGUGUUUUCAGGGCCUGCCCUAUCCCUGUGCUUGUAAUCUGUUUUGGCUGUUUUUAAUUUGGAUUUUUAAACUGUUGUAACCUGUGCUGGGACCUGCAGGUGAAGGGUAAUACAGGUGAUGCUGAUGAUGCUGAUGCUAGGUUUAUGUAAGAUUUGGUUGAAUGAUCCUCAAGGCACCUUAUAGCAGAUUAUUGCAAAACACACACUGGACAAAUGACCAGCGUGUGCUGCCCUCCAGCUCCACUGUCUGAAAUAAAAUGUUAUUACUUUUUAAAUUAUUAUUAUUAUUUAUUAAAUUUAUAUACUGCACUUCAUCACUAGAUCACAGGGCAGUUCACAGAAUAAAAUACAGGAUAAAAAUACAAGUAAAUAAUUAAAACAAAACAAUAACCCCCACAGACACAUUUAAAAGACUACAAUUAAUAUGGGGAGCUUUGGGGCCCUUUCUGAUACAAACUGCCCUCUCCUGGGGGUACUUUGCAAGGGACAGGGAACCCAUUAGAAUUAUAUUCUAUGCAGGUUCAGUGCAGUGUGCUCUUUGUCCCAGCCCAGCCCAAGCUCAAUGGGCUCAGAGAGAGAAGGAGUUUAUGGUGUGAAGAAAACCUUUGAAAAACUCAUUUUAGAACUUCUAAAAAUGACUAAUGGAAGGCCAGGGCAACCCUCAUUAUUACAAGUGAUACACAAACCAGGUUUGAGUAGUGGGGAAGAGCCAGAGGUUCCCAGAGCAGAAAAUAUUCCACAGUUUAUUAACAACAACAACAACAUAUGUCUGAUAUGAAGUUUAAGAAACGAUUGGAAUAAAGAAUUGGAAUGUUCACUAUUACCUAGACAGCAGGAAAAUGUCGGGCUUCAGUAUUAGACGUAUCAGUGGAACUUAAACCAAGACUUAUACAACAGAAAAUACUAUUUGGAAUCUAUUGAGCUCCCUUACAUUUGUAUAAGAAAGGACUAUCUAAUGUAGCUCUUUGUUGGAGAUGUAAUAUGGGCAAUAUGUCUUUGAAACACAUGAUUUUACUGUAGAAUCCAUUUUCGCUGUCUGGUUGUCAAUUUUGAUACAACGGGUAUAUAGUUUAAGAGCAUAUUCACCUUUGAAAAUCUUAAUUUUUUUCCGUUUAUAAACAAGACACUAUUUACAGUCCAGCACUUUCUCCCAAAACUUAGUAAGUUUGGUGCACAGUAAAAAAUUGCACAGCUGAUUCUAUAUGACACUGGAUGUCACCUGUGCAGUGUUUGGUCCUCAAAUAUCAUAGAAAGUCUUAUGAAGGCAUAAGUUGCCAUCUGUUGCUGAGCCAUAAUGUCAUCAUCGCCUCUGGCCCAGGACUUCCAGUGAUAGAGCUCCAACUUAGCUAAGGAUUUGCUACGUGUGCUUCUUUAUAUUUCAGAUGAGCAGAAAGAGCCCUGUGAUCACGCCCUGGCAGGCAAAGAAGAUGCAGAAGCAGAGGCUUACAUCUUUCUCAGAAGUAUCUAUUCAGAGGUGAAACAGAUGAGGGAACAGCUAUUUCCCGAUAAGAGCCAAAUGGCUACCAAUGCAGAAUGGAACAGGAUCAUGGCCAUUACUGAGAGCCUGUUUUUCUAUGCUCGGCUGAUUUUCUCAGUAUUGUUUAUAGCAUACAUUAUUCUGAAAUGGAGGAGUGAAAUGUGA